AUGACGACAGAUACCUCGUACACUGUGCCCCUCCUCAUCAAUGGCAAGGAGGUAACGACCAAGACAACAUUCUCGGUCACCUCUCCUGCGUCGCACAAGCAGAUAUGGGAGUCAUCGUCAGCAUCAGUGGAAGAUGCCAAGGAUGCCACCGCUGCAGCACAGGCUGCCUUUCCAGCAUGGGCCAAGAUGAAGCCUGCUGCGAAGUUCGCAAUCUUCAUGAAGGCUGCCGACAUUAUCGAUUCUCGAGCAGACGAGUUGUCCGACUACAUGAAGAUGGAGACUGGUGCUGCUGAGGUUUUCACCAGUCACGUCAAUGUACCCCGGACUGCUGAGUUGCUACGCGACGUCGCCGGCAGACUGGGCACAGUCAUGGGUCACAUACCCACUUGUGAAACAGAGGGAACAGCGGCAUUGAUCGUCAAGGAGCCACUGGGUGUUGUUCUUGGAAUUGCACCCUGGAACGCCCCAUACCUCCUGGGUAUGCGCGCGAUCUUGUUUCCUCUAGCAGCAGGUAACACUGUUGUCUUCAAGGGAUCAGAGUUCUGCCCUCGCAUUUGGUGGGCCAUUGGCAACGUCCUGACCGAAGCUGGUCUUCCUGCGGGCGUUGUCAAUGUGCUCGUCCACCGACCUGAGGAUGCCGCUAAGGUCACAUCGGCUUUGAUCGAAGACCCCGCCAUUAAGAAGAUUAAUUUCACAGGCUCCACAGCUGUCGGUCGCAUCAUCGCCUCUCAAGCCGGCAAGAACCUGAAGCCCGUUCUGAUGGAGCUUGGUGGAAAGGCGAGUGCGAUUGUUUGUGCAGAUGCGGACCUGCAGAAGGCGGCCACACAGUGUGCUGUCGGAGCGUUCAUCAACUCUGGCCAGAUCUGCAUGAGCUCUGAGCGGGUGCUUGUGCACAAGAGCAUCAAGACUCAGUUUCUCGAAGCCUUCAAGGGCGCCACAGAAGGCAUCUUUGGUGGCGAAGUGCCUGCACCCGUGACGGUCGUACCUGCCGCAGUCGACAAGAACAAGAAGCUGAUCUCUGAAGCCGUGAGUAAGGGCGCCAAGGUUGUACACGGCGACCACGAGAAGGACGAAUUGCACCCUGAGACCAAGGAGCCGUCCAGCACAAGGAUGCGUCCUGUCAUUGUGGACGGCGUGAAGAAGGGGAUGGACAUGUACUACACUGAGUCUUUCGGCCCAUCCGUAUCCGUCAUCGAGUUUGAGACGGAAGAGGAAGCGAUUGAGAUUGCCAACGACACUGAAUACGGUCUUUCAGGCGCUGUGUUCACUGAGAAUCUUGGCCGUGGCCUCCGCAUCGCAAAACAAAUCGAGUCUGGUGCUGUGCACAUCAACUCGAUGACUGUCCACGAUGAGCCGGCGCUGCCGCAUGGCGGUGCUAAGGCGAGUGGGUACGGUCGUUUCAACGGCAACUGGGGCAUCGAAGAGUUCUUGAGGACAAAGACUAUCACUUACCAGGAGUAA